AUGGGCAGAGGACAAGUCACUACGGGCUACAUCAGACCACCAUCGCCGAUAUCGUACGGCGGGGGCUCACGAGGGACCUUUUCUUCCCUACACGGUACUACUCCGUCAAGCACUGUAUCCCCGAUUUCCGACGUUGCUGGAGGCCCAAUUCCGAUUCCGAUUCCCGACGGCUCCCGGCUGGCGCAGGCAGUAGCAACCGCGUCGGCAACUGCAUUUACAGGCUCUCAGAAGAAGCGGAGCAGAGCGUACUUCGAGGCUGGGACACCGCCCACCGUCCCGGAUCUCGAUCCCAUCGGUGCAGGCCUGAUGACAGUGGAAACCGCCCAGUCGUAUUUCCACACCUUCUUCUCAGGCUGCAACCGGUACGUGCCCGUCUUCGACCCGCUCCACGACACCUUUGAGAGCGUCCGCUCCCGCAGCACGCUUCUCUUCAGCGUUAUCUGCUCCGUUGGCUGCCGCGUCAUGACCGGCGCCGAGUCCCACCAGACACGUCGACUGGGCCUGCACGCCCAGCGGAUGGUCAACGUCGCCGUCGCUGCCCCAACCCGGCGCUGCGGCCUCGAGACCGUGCAGGCGUUGCUGGUGCGCGCUUGUUACACCCCUGAACGGUCUUUGCUGGUUUCAGUGGCCACCCGCAUGGCCAUAGAGAUGGGCCUUCCGGAAGCUUAUGGCGUGCUCAGCACCUGGUGCGUGGCCAACGCCGCCAACCCAAGAGUUGGGUCUUCCUCUUCCGACGGAGCUACCGCCGACGACGGCGAUACCGGUGCGACGCUGAUGCGCAAGACCCGGACGUGGCUGCAUCUCCUGAUGAUGGGCCAGAUCUUGCACGUCGACGCAGGCGGGGCCCCCGGCUUCCGGUUUCGAGGAGCCGGCGCCGCCCAGCGCUGCCGCAUCCUCCUCAACAGCAACCCCUUCUCCACUGACAUGGACCUGUACCUCUUCUCGCAGGUCGAGCUCAACGCACUACGCACCCGCAUCCACUCCGCCCUCUCCCACUAUUACGUGCGCACGCACCACGACGACGAACACGAUGACGACGGCAGUGCGGACGACGACGAGAUCAUCAUGGGCAUGGUAGCAGACGCGCGGAUCGACAUCAACGUGUGGUUCGACGACUGGACGCGCAUCUACGAGCGGCACACAGCCCGUAUGCCCUGGCUCGCGCCCAACCUGGCCGUGCAGCGCUGCUGGGCCGACAGCAUGGCCAUGUGCGCUGCGCUGCGCACCGCGGGGAUCGAGAACGUCCGCGCCAUGUCGGCCACGCAGCGCGCCAUCUUGCGUAUGGCUAAGCGUUCGCUGUGGCAGCAUCUCGAUAUUAUUCUCCAGGAGCCGAGGGUCUAUCUGCGGAGUAUCCGGUAUGCUAUGGAUUUUGUGUGGGCUAAGAAUGCGUUUUGUUACUUGCUACUCUUGAAACUGGCUCUUUUGUUGCCGGACGAAGAUGAAGAUGAAGGAGGGGGUGUUGGUGCUGUUGGUAGUGGCGGUGGUGGGGAGGAGCUGGUCGAAAAGGGGCGGAUGCUCGUCGAGGAGCUCAGAAAAGCCGGGGGAGGUCUGGAUAGGGAUAACAAGGAUCGGCCGGCGGCACGCAACAGCACGAGCAGCCUGUACUUUCAUCUCGUGCGGGUCAGUAUCGACAAAUUCAGUCACGCUAUACGGUCUCGGUCUGGGAGGGGCAGCCAGAGCCAGAAUGGUCGGUCUGCCGACGACGCCCAACAUGCACAAAACGGCGCCGCCCACAGGGGGAGCGGACACGGGCACGAGGAGGGAUGGCCGCCAGACGAAUCCCAAACCGAGCUGGAAUCGUUUGUGCCUGAAGAGUUUGUGUUCGAGUGGGACUUUCCAGGGCUGACCUUUUUUUCGUCCCCUACACAAGAGACCGGCUGGCUGGACGAGCUGCUUGCUAGUAGUGCCUUUGACGGGUCUGGUAAUACUUUCUACAGCUUGGGAUGGACGUCCAUGGACCUCAAUUUGUUGUAA